AUGCCUCCACCCUACUGGGACAGAAUUUUGGUUGGAGACUGCUUUGUAGUGACUGUGACCCUUUGGGUGCUGUGUAUUUGGCAGCUCCUCAGGUUCAAAGCAGGCACUACAGAACCCAUGGAACCUCCGUGCUUCUGUCUCCACAGAGGCAGCUCUGGGGAUGGAGCCUGUCUGUGCCCAGAGUGGGUGGGAUCUCUUUGUUCUAUAGUUAAUUUCUGUGACUACAGUACUGAGACAGUGAACAUUUUUGAAAGCAAUAUAAACCCUACUUUUGAACAGAUUAUGGUGGGUAAAUAUGGCCACUCCUAAAAGGAAUGUGCACCUGAUACUGUGAAUGGUAAUGCUUCAGUAGAAAUCUGGAUGUGCUCCAGAGAAAGGAAAAUUCCUACUUUCAAGCCUCCCCAAAUUCUGAAUUGUAAUGAAAAUCUGGACUCCUUAGUUGAAACUGUGAGCUCCAGGAAGGUUUCAGUUAUUUCAAGUUACACUCAAAUCCUCAGCUCCAUGACAGACCAACUGACCAGACAAAACAUCACUGCGCAGAUGAUGAAAAAGCCAAAUGUUUCAGAAGACUUUCAGGCAUCUGUGGCAGUAAUGGCUACAGUGAGUCAAAUCUUGGAUGGCAAAACAGAAUUCAUCCACAAUAUUCUUGUCAAUGCUAAAACCAGCCUCAUGAAAGCAAUGGAGGAAUUUUCUUUCACUGGUAACAUCUCACAGCCCAAUGUUGCAAUCCAGUCUGCUCCACUGAAAUUAAGGUACUCUAUGACUCUGUUUUUGGCACAGAGAAGUAAGUCCUGUCUGGGAAAGUAUCAGUCAACAAAACCAGAAAUACAGGAAAAUGCUCCUGGGCUUAUUGGUGACCUCAGUACUGAAGUUCAGAUACUGUUCAACAUUUUAAGUAACUCCAAUUCAGAUGAUGUGGAUUCAGCUCUGAAUGACACAUCUGAACUGCAGCUGUGUGGUCAUGCCUGUGUCUUUUGGGAUUACACUGUCAAAUGCAGGUGGAAUCACACCACUAAUUUUGCUGUUCUGAUGACAUUUCAUAUAAAAUAUAAAUAGGAAAAGCUUUUGGAUUAUAUUUCUUAUAUUGGUGUUGGAUUGUCCAUGGCUGGUCUGGUUAUUAUCAUUUUGUUUCAAAUACUCAUUAGGAAAAAUCAAAACUUAUCUGUAAAGUGAAUGUUGUUGAGUCUCUGCUUUUCUAUGCUCAUUUUUAACAUCUUUAUCUCUGGAAUUGAAAGCCAAACUUCCAGAAAGUGCAGCAACGAUACCACCAGAUGCUACCAGCAAUAUCUUCCUUAUGAUGCCACCAGUAACCUUAUCUCUGACACGGUGGAAACUCCCACAGACUCCUGGUGCACAGUUGUGGCUGUCCUGCUGCACUGUUUCCUGUUGACAACAUUCCUGUGGUCAGCACUCAGCUCUGCACUGUUGAACGUCUUGCUGAUCAGAGCCAUGAAGCCACUGCCUGGACAUUUCCUCAUAACCAUGUCAGUAAUUGGAUGGGGAAUCCCUGCCAUAGUAGUUGCAAUAACACUUGCAGCUACUGACAGAGAAGGAAAAGCUCUAAACUAAUGACAGGAAGAAUUUAAGAAUAAAAAGGAUUCAUUAAUAAAAAUGAUUAGCACUGUCUUUAUAGUGGCAGUGUUUGGGAUGAUUGGCUACCUCAUGUUAAUAAGUAAUGAAAAAACAAAUUUUGAUUUCAGCUUUCAGUUUUGCAUUUUGAAUGCUACCCAAGGACUCCAGAUUUGUAUUCUCUUCACUUUCAGAACAUCACUCUCCAAGACAAAAGUUUUCAAAGUUCCCAUUUUCCAGGUACCACUGUAUCUGCAUUAAGAAACAUAAAAUGUUUCAAAAUCACAACCUGAAAAACCACAGGAAACUUUUAGAUCAACCCAGACUUUUUCAGACAAUAUUUCCUUGUCUACCUUCCCUAAGCAGAACUGGAAACAUGCAAAUCCGUGA